ACAGCAAUCUCUUCAAACACACUUUUAACCUAUUCUUCCAUCUUAUGAUUCUCCAAAUAUUUCGAAGAGAAAAUGGCAAAUGCCCGCAUCGCUAGAUUUAUAACUGAAGCAGCGCCACCACAGUUUGUAAAUGUUAUGAGGCACAGAGCAUCAAAGAUGUUGGACACAAUUCAUGAAGAGGAGAAGGAAUCCAGCACAAAUGAUGCUAAAUUGCUGUCUCCAAAGAAUUUAUCAACAUCCUCAUGUUGUACUGUUUCAGCUUCAUCUUCUGAAACAACCAACUCUAAGCAUUUUCUCCACGACGUUCAAAGGUCUUUAUCUGUAUUACGUUAUUGAAGUCCUACAUUCAGGGCUUGUCCACAAUCCUAUGGAAGUUCAGAUAUAUGACUAGUCCAUCAAUUCCGGUUCGGUUUUUCUGGAGUCUGUACAACUUCAAUUGCAGACCUAAGACUUGCUGAGAAAUAACUACAGAUCUUCCUUGAAAUGUUUUAGUAUGAGGAAGAUCAUAUUGUAAAUAUACUAUUUCGGUAUUCAAACUUACUAAUCAUGUUGGGAUAUUAUUUUUCUUUUCUUCUGCUGCAUAACAACUGUUCCAUAUUCAGGCGAUUUACAAGCUUAAUCUAUCAUAUUUAGACUUCUGUAA